AAAUCUUUAUUAAUAUUUGCAGAUAGACAAUUUUUAUUCAUAACGGAAUAUAAUCUGUACAAUUCUAAAAAUGUUAUUCAUAUACGGUUAAUGAAAAAUCUUGGAAUUGUCCACCAUGUUUAUGUGACUAAUUUCAGGUCGAAACGUAAGACCAAUUGUUGAUAUAUCGUGCUUGUUUGUGUUGAAAACUUUAUGGCGGCAAUUAUGCCACUUUGCUGUUACGUGUAAAAUUUUUUUAUUGACUUCAAAAAUGCCGGCGUUUUUAAAGCAUAUCGAAGUAGAAAAUUUUAAGUCAUAUAAAGGAAAACUUAUCAUAGGCCCUUUGAAAUCAUUUACUGCUGUUGUUGGACCAAAUGGAUCUGGAAAAUCUAAUUUUAUGGAUGCAAUCAGUUUUGUGAUGGGAGAAAAAACAAGUAGUUUACGUGUAAAACGUUUUAGUGAGCUUAUUCAUGGGGCAUCAAUAGGAAUGCCAGUUGCUCGAAGCGCAUCCGUAACUGCGGUGUUUGAAUUAGAAGAUGGCAACGAGAAAAGUUUUAUGCGUUCUGUACAAGGGUCUUCCUCUGAACAUAGAAUAAAUAAUAAUGUUGUCACUAGCCAAGUAUAUUUGAACGAAUUAGAACAACUUGGCAUUAAUGUGAAAGCAAAAAAUUUUCUUGUAUUCCAAGGAGCUGUUGAGUCGAUAGCUAUGAAAAACCCAAAAGAACGUACUGCUCUUUUUGAAGAAAUUAGUAAUUCAGGAGCAUUGAAGGCAGAGUAUGAAAGAUUGAGAACAGAAAUGCUAAAAGCUGAAGAGGAAACGCAAUUUUCAUAUCAAAAGAAAAAGGGAAUUGCUGCAGAAAGGAAAGAAGCGAAACUGGAAAAAGAAGAAGCAGAGAAAUAUCAACGUUUGAAAGAGGAAUAUGUAGAAAAGCAAGUUGAAUUGCAAUUAUUCCGUUUAUUUCAUAAUGAGAAAAGUACAGAGAGUUUAGAGGUAUCACAGAAGAAGAAACAGCAUGAAAUAGAAAAAAUUGAAAAGAAAAAAGAAAAAGCAGAGGAAUUACUAAAAGAAAAGAGGAAAGAAGCUGGAAAGUUGGGAAGAGAUCUUGCUAAAAUAGAACAGGAUAUAAGAGAAGUAGAAGUAGAUAUAACAAAGAAAAGACCAACAUUUAUUAAAGCAAAAGAACGUGUUGCGCAUAUGCAGAAAAAAGUAGAGUCUGCACGGAAAUCUUUAGCUCAAGCACGUAUCGCGGAUGAAGCUCAUAAGAAAGAUAUACAUGAACUGCAGGAAGAGUUACGUCAAGUUGAAGAAGCUAAAGCCGCUUAUGAAGCAAGUAUUGCUGGACAAUCACAGUUACAAGGAAGAGAUGUACAGCUAGAAGAUGAACAGGUUAAAGAGUACAAUCGUCUGAAAGAGGAAGCUGGUAAACAAUCAGCAAUGUAUUUGCAACUUCUUGACUCUAUCAAUCGUGAACAGAAAUCGGAUCAAGAUAGACUUGAUAAUGAAGGACGGAAGAAAACAGAAAUAGAGAAUAAACAUAAACAAAAAGGUCAUAUGAGAGAUGAAGCUCUUAAAAGAGUAGAAAAAUUAGAAGAACAUAUAAGAACAUCUGAAGCUGCUUUGGAAGAUCAAAAGAAAUUGCGAGCGGAUUUACAAUCUGACGUUGGUAUCUCUAAAGAUAAAAUACAAAAUCUACAACGAGAAUUAGAAAGCAUCUCUGAACAAUUAGGUGAUGCAAAGGUUGAUAAACACGAGGUAUCAAGGACUAAAAAGAAAACUGAAAUUGUAGAAAAUUUCAAACGCCUUUUCCCAGGGGUUUAUGAUCGUAUGUAUAAUAUGUGCGAACCUAUUCAUAAGAGAUAUAACGUUGCAAUUACUAAAGUUCUUGGUAAAUAUAUGGAAGCUAUUGUUGUUGAUACUGAGAAAACUGCUAGGCAAUGUAUUCAAUAUCUUAAGGAACAGUAUCUUGAACCAGAAACAUUUCUUCCUCUUGAUUACAUUCAAGCGAAACCAUUGAAAGAAAGACUUAGGAAUAUUCAAGAACCUAAAAAUGUAAAAUUAUUGUAUGAUGUAUUGCACUUUUCUCCAAAAGAUAUUGAUAGGGCAGUAUUAUUUGCAACCAACAAUGCUCUUGUAUGCGAAACUCCUGAAGAUGCAAAUAAAGUAGCUUAUGAAAUGGAUAAGAAAGCAAGAUACGAUUGCGUUGCAUUAGAUGGAACAUUUUAUCAAAAAGCUGGAAUUAUAUCAGGUGGUAGUUUGGAUCUUGCGAAAAAAGCAAAACGAUGGGAUGAAAAACAAAUGUCACAACUUAAAGCACAAAAGGAAAAAUUAACAGAGGAAUUGCGUGAAUCUUUAAAAAAGUCACGAAAGGAAUCUGAGUUAAACACAGUUGAAUCUCAAAUACGGGGAUUAGAAACACGGUUAAAAUAUAGUAAAAAUGAUUUGGUCGAAACUCAAAAACAAAUUUCAGCGCUUGAGGUAGAACUGGAGGGUCUUCAAAACGAAUUGAAUAUGUUUGGUCCAACAAUAACUGCAAUUGAGAAAACAAUGGCCGAAAGGGAUCAAAAAAUACAAAAUAUUAAAGAGAAAAUGAAUAACGUCGAAGAUGACGUAUUUGCCAGUUUUUGUGAACAAAUAGGAGUAUCUAAUAUUCGUCAGUACGAAGAAAGGGAGUUACGAUCACAACAAGAAAGAGCAAAAAAGAGAAUGGAAUUUGAGAACCAAUGUAAUCGCAUUUACAAUCAGCUAGACUUUGAGAAGCAACGAGACACAGAAAGUAAUGUUUUACGUUGGGAACGAGCAGUUCAAGAUGCAGAAGAUAAACUUGAGUCUGCUCGGCAAACUGAAUCUAAUCAGAAAGCUGAAAUAGAUCACGAUGAAACUCAAAUGGAACAAUAUAAAUCGGCACGAAAUGCAAAGAAAAUGGAAGUCGACCAAAAAGAAGAUGAAAUCGGUAAAGCUAGGCGUGAGGUUGGAGCAAUUGCGAAGGAUAUACAAGCUGCUCAAAAGCAGUUGAAUGGUAUCGAAGCCAAAAUUGAACAAAAGAAAGCUGAACGGCAUGCUAUACUGAUGCAGUGUAAGAUGGAAGAUAUUUCAAUUCCAAUGCUUCAUGGAAAUAUGGAGGAUAUUGCCAACGAAACGAGUGCAUCUAAUAACACAGAUAGUAAUAUCGACUCAUCUUUAAGUACUCAACAACAAUAUGAGCGUGAGAAACGAAUAACUAUAGAUUAUGCCUUUCUACCUGAGAAUUUAAAAGAUGUAGAUGAAGAUGACAUUAAAAAAACUACUGACAAGUUAACAAAGUCGAUUAACGAUUUACAAAGUACUAUUCAACGAAUUCAGGCUCCUAAUAUGAAGGCGAUACAAAAAUUAUAUCUCGCUAAGGAAAAAUUACAAGAAACUAACGAAGAAUUUGAACAGUCACGGAAAAAGGCAAAGAAAGCAAAAACACAAUUCGAAAAAAUAAAGAAGGAGAGACAUGACAGGUUUAUGGCCUGUUUUGAACAUGUGGCUAAUGAAAUUGAUCCAAUUUAUAAGAGUUUAGCAAAAAAUCAAUCGGCCCAAGCAUUUCUUGGUCCAGAAAAUCCAGAAGAACCGUAUCUAGAUGGUAUUAAUUAUAAUUGCGUUGCACCGGGAAAAAGAUUUCAACCAAUGUCUAAUUUGUCUGGAGGAGAGAAAACAGUUGCUGCAUUGGCUUUAUUAUUUGCAAUUCAUAGUUUUCAGCCAGCACCAUUUUUUGUAUUGGAUGAAAUAGAUGCAGCACUGGAUAAUACUAAUAUAGGAAAAGUUGCAAGUUAUAUACGUGAUAAGACAAGUUCAUUACAAACUAUUGUUAUAUCUUUGAAGGAAGAGUUUUAUUCACAUGCUGAUGCGUUAAUUGGCAUUUGUCCUGAUGUUGGCGAAUGUUUAGAAAGUAAAGUAUUAACUCUCGAUUUAUCUGCAUAUCCUACGCACAUUAAUUAAUGAACAUAUUAUAGAUUUAAUAUUUAUAUAUUUCACCUUUAAUUGUUAUGUCUUUUUUUUUCAUAUUGUAAUUUUAAUUUACAUGAAAAGACAGUAGGUGUUAUGGGUAAUAUCGAAAUAGAUAAUAUCCACUUUUAUAAAUUAUUUCGUGAAACUUAUAACCAAAAUUAAUAACUCGCUAAGAUAAAAAUCAAGUAAUAUAUGAAAUAUUAAAUAUUUUAUUUUUAUUUGAUUUACUUUCUCGUGGUGUUUUGUUUUUCACAACUACAUAAUAGUGUGAUUCUAUUUUAAUCAUCAAUAGAUGAGGAUUUGACAAAGAUUUAUUAUUUAACUUCUAAUUUACAACAGAAAAAUUGCCUUGAGCAUUGUAAAAGAAAUUGUAGUUCUAUAAUAAAUUAUUAAUAUAAACAUAAAAAUAAAUCAAAAUAUUUUUAAGUAUGUCAGAUAGAAUUAUCAUUGUUACAUGUAUACAAACGUGCACUUAUUGUUUAUGAUAAUUCUCAUAAUGGUGUCAGUAUACAUAAAUUUUUCACUUUCCUUGGAUAUACGAAUAACUUCAUAGAUCUAAACAUAAGAAAUUGAUUAACUUUUGUAUUUGUAUAAAAGCGACGAAAGGGUAAUAGUUAAUAAAGUCAUAAUAACAAAAAUAAGUAAGAAUGAUCGUUAGAAUAUGAAUCUAAUUAACUUCUAAUAUUAAAAAAAUGAUCUUUUUUCUAUUUUUCUAUAUUUUCAAUUAGAUUCACUUAAUUAGAUUUAUAAAUGCAUUAUGAAUCUUAACAGGAAAUUUAUUAGAUUUUUCAAAUAUCAAUCUGACAAAUUUAUUCAUAUUACUUCUCUCUGUAUAAAUUAAAUAAUAGCGAAGAAAUUAUUAAAUGGGUAUUAGCAUAACAAUAACAAUAAUAGUUAAGAACAAAUGAAGUUAUGUUGUAUCGUAUCUUCUCCAUCUUUAUUUCAAAUUUGAAGUACGAAUAUGAUGUAUCAUACAAAUAUACGGAUAUUGAAACCAUGCGAUACCCAUUGAGACCAAAAGUGCGUGUAACAUUCAAUUAAUCUCAACAGUCGAGAUGAAACUGAUGCAGUAACCAUCCCAGGAUCUGCAGUUCUCGUUCGAAUAUAUUUAACAGUUUGG